AUGUCGACUUCCAAUCCUCAGUCACCCGCCCCCAGCAAGACAGACCGGAAGUGGCAGUGGUCAAACGACCCGUUCUUCCCGCUGAAACUGAUCCUGCUCCCCUUCAUCCUGCCCCCGGUGCUGCUCGUCCUCAUAUGCCUGGAACUCGCACCGAGAGAAGGAAAACCCAAGUCAAGAACAAACCCAGCAGGCGCCGGGCCCGCGCCACACCCGGCCGACACGUCUCCCUUGGGCGGCGCCGAGGGAUCCCACCACGCGCCGGAAGAAGCCGAGGCCGGCCCAGCAAACACCAACAGCCCGAGCACCAUGGGAGCAGCAGCAGCCACCACCACCCCCGCCGCCGGCUCGGACGUCGCCCCCCAGACGCGCCCUGCCACCCCCGGCCUGACGAGCGGGCAGACGCCCGACAGCAGCAGGGCCGAGGCCUGCACCCCCACCAGCAGCAGCGGCGAGGAAGAGAGGCGCGCCAGGCGCCGCGACGUCACGACGCGCGAGGACGGCCUCCGCAUGCCCGUCGUGGGCGCCCCGGCGCGCAUCCCCAGCACUCUCAUCACCGAUCCCAUCGACGGCUCCUCGUCGCCCUCGGGCCCGCCCACGCCCUCCUCGUCGUCGUCGUCCGGCUCGCCCCUUCCCACCCCGACCCCGGGGCAGGAGGAGGUCCCCCCCGUCCUGCCGGCCAGCGGCGCCGGCGACGCCGCCGCGGGGCCGGCGCUCUCCCAGCUCCGCGAGAAGCUGCUCGCCGUCCCCGCCGACGCGGUCAGCCGGCGGUGUCUGGUCGACGGGCGGGCGAUCCUGAGGAGGAGGGCGCGCACGCCGCGGAGUCAUGCUUCUUCUUCGGGCGGUGGGGGGGUCAGCCGCCAGGGCCUGGGCCAUGGCCAGGCUGGGUCUGCCGCCCGGAGUCGUGGUGGGGAGUCGAGCGAUGGGUAUCCUAGUGAGAUGAUGGAGUGA